ACUUCCGCUUCCGGUAGAGACGGGGCACCUGUCUUGGAUGUAAACAUGAUUAUUUCUUGAGAUAUUCAACAAUGACUUUGACCUGUAGACAUCCCUCCUGACUGAAUGGUCGCCAGCUACUACUGACACAAUGAAGAGAGGGCCAAGUCCUUCAUCCAGUGAUGCCACUUCACCAGGAAGUUGUGGCCCCUCCCCAAAGAUCCCCCGCCUUGGUUCAUCUGUCACAAGACAAUGGUUCCGUCAUCCCCCAGGUGGGCGUGGUGCCAGCAAAGGUUCAGACUUAGGGAAGGGUUCUUCGGGCUUCGUCAAGCCAGGCACCAAGACAGCAGGACCCUACAUGCUGGGUCCCCGACUUGGAUCUUCGCCAGUACGGAGCAUCGUCCAAUGCCUGGCCAGGAAGGAAGGUACUGACGAGUUCUACACCAUCAAGAUCCUGACAAUGGAGGACCCUGAGAAGGAGAGCCAGGAUGACCGGCAGGGGAAGAUGUUGAUGCACACGGAGUACUCCCUCUUGUCCCUGCUGCAUCAGCAGGAUGGGGUCGUUCACCACCAUGGGCUCUUCAAGGAUGAGUGCCUGGAGGAGACCCAGUCUGUGGACAACAACGGCCUGGUAGAGUACACAGGACGCCGCCGAAAACGUCUGUGUCUGGUCCUCGACUGUCUGAUUCCUCACGACUUCAGCACCAUGACGGCAGACCUCAUCAACCUCCAGCACUACGUCAUCAAGGAGAAAAAGCUCACCGAGAAGGAAGCCAUUGUCAUCUUCUACGACAUAGUUCGUGUGGUUGACAGUCUUCAUAAGAAGAACAUCGUCCAUCGUGACCUGAAGCUGGGUAACAUGAUGCUCAACAUGCGGACCCGGCGCAUCACCAUCACCAACUUCUGUCUCGGCAAACACCUGGUGUCAGAGAGCGACCUCCUGCGUGAUCAGCGAGGCAGCCCUGCCUAUAUCAGCCCUGAUGUUCUCAGUGGCAAGCCGUACCUGGGCAAGCCAAGUGACAUGUGGGCCCUUGGGGUGGUGCUGUUCACCAUGUUGUACGGCCAGUUCCCUUUCUACGACAGUCUGCCAACAGAACUCUUCAGGAAGAUCAAGUCUGCAGAGUACAGCAUACCUAAUGAUGGUCGUGUGAGCAAGGCCACAGUGCUGGUGAUCCAGAGACUACUGGUGCUGGAACCACAGACUCGGAUGACCGCAGGUCAAGUCCUGGAUGACCUUGGGACAAUCAUUGCCACGUGGAGAGCCUUGUCUGUCAGUGGACCAAAUCAACAAGUGCCAGACCACCCACCUUCCAAGCCUGACCACCCUCCUGCCCUGCCUGUCCUAACCCAACCAAGUGACCUUGAGGUCAAGCUGCAUCAGCUACAGUCAGACUCCCAGAAUGAUGCCAAGGCUCAGAAGGUUCACGUUGUAAGGAAAAGGCCGACCAAUUCUCAGCCCUCAGUGAGGAGAAUGAAUGUUGAUGCUAUUCCUUUAACAGCAGAUGAACUCCGUGCUCACCAACACCUUCUCCCAAAAUGAGUGAUAAGUGGAUGUCUUAUCUUCAAGGGACUGUUCCACAAAGGAAUCUUAGUUCUAAGUUGAACGUACGCCCAUACUUUAACAUUGGCUUACCAUUGUCGCAUUACUGAGAUCAUUUUGUGGGACAGGGCCCAGUCUGUUGUCAGCAGCAGGCUGUGGGGAUGUAACCAACCAGAGGCAGUUCUGCACAGUGAGUUGGUG